AUGUCUGCCGAAGUCGCUGCCACCCCGACCACGGAGAACGCCAACGGCGCUCCUGACGCCAACGGCACUACCGUCGACACCAAUGUUGCUCCUGAAAGCGCGACUUCUGAUACCGCCUCGACUCCCAACAACAACCAGCCCCAUUCUGCCUCCCUGUACGUGGGAGAGCUCGACCCCUCCGUGACCGAGGCCAUGCUGUUCGAACUCUUCUCGUCCAUCGGCCAGGUUGCAUCUAUCCGAGUCUGCCGUGAUGCCGUCACCCGUCGCUCCCUCGGUUACGCCUACGUGAACUACAACAACACUGCUGAUGGUGAGCGUGCUCUUGAGGACCUGAACUACACCCUGAUCAAGGGCCGCCCUUGCCGUAUCAUGUGGUCUCAGCGUGACCCCGCUCUGCGCAAGACUGGCCAGGGCAACGUUUUUAUCAAGAACCUUGACACCGCUAUCGACAACAAGGCUCUCCAUGAUACUUUUGCCGCCUUUGGAAACAUUCUCAGCUGCAAGGUCGCCCAGGAUGAGUUUGGCAACUCCAAGGGUUACGGCUUUGUCCACUACGAGACUGCCGAGGCUGCCAACAAUGCCAUCAAGCACGUCAAUGGAAUGUUGCUCAACGACAAGAAAGUGUUCGUCGGUCACCACAUUUCCAAGAAGGACCGUCAGAGCAAGUUCGAGGAGAUGAAGGCCAACUUCACCAACAUCUAUGUGAAGAACAUUGACCUCGAUGUUACCGACGAGGAGUUCCGCGACCUGUUCAACACGUUUGGCGAGAUCACCUCGGCUACCAUCAGCCGCGACCCAGACAGUGGCAAGAGCCGUGGUUUUGGCUUUGUCAACUACAUCAGCCACGAAAGCGCCCAGGUUGCAGUUGCGGAUUUGAACGACAAGGACUUCCACGGCCAGAAGCUCUACGUUGGCCGUGCGCAGAAGAAACACGAACGCGAGGAGGAGCUCCGCCGCCAAUAUGAAGCAGCUCGCCUCGAGAAGGCCUCUAAAUACCAGGGUGUCAACCUUUACGUGAAGAACCUCACUGAUGAUGUCGACGAUGAGAAGCUCCGUGAACUGUUCAGCGCCUUCGGUACCAUUACCUCCGCAAAGGUCAUGCGUGACACUGUUGCCGAGGGUUCUGAAGACUCCGAUAAAGAAGACUCUGGCAAGGAAAAUGUGGAGAAGGAGAACGAAGAGCCAGCCGAGAAAGCUGAGAAAGCCGAGAAAGCCGAGGACAAGGAGGACGAGGAGGAGGACGAGGACAAAGAGAACAAAGACGAGAAGAAGUCUGACAAGAAGCUCUUCGGAAAGAGCAAGGGCUUCGGCUUUGUUUGCUUCUCUAGCCCCGAUGAGGCCUCCAAGGCUGUCACCGAGAUGAACCAGCGCAUGGUCAACGGCAAGCCUCUCUAUGUUGCUCUGGCCCAGCGCAAGGAUGUUCGCAAGAGUCAGCUUGAGGCCAGUAUCCAAGCUCGCAACAACAUUCGCCAGCAACAGGCAGCUGCCGCUGCAGGAAUGCCCCACCCUUACAUGCAACCCGCUGUUUUCUACGGCCCUGGACAGCAAGGCUUCAUUCCAGGCAACGCUGGCCAGCGCGGAUUGGCUUUUGCUCCUCAGCCCGGUAUGGUGAUGGCUGGUAUCCCUGGUGGACGACCAGGCCAGUACCCUGGCGGUUUCCCCCAGCAGGGUGGCCGUGGUAUGGGCAACCCUAACCAGCAGAUUCCCCAGAACUUUGGACAAGGCAUCCCGAUCGGUGCCAUGCAGGCUGGGCCUGGCGGUAUCCCGAAUGGUAUGGCCUACCCUCAAAUGGCACAGGUACAAUUUGGCCGAGGUGGUGGUGGCCGUGGACAGGUUCCCCAAGGCAUUCCUCCUAAUGUUCCUGGUGGACGUGGUGGCCCAGGCUUUGGCCAAGGACGUGGCGGUGUGCCUCCUCAACAAGGUCAUGCUCGCCCAGGACAAGGUGGCCGUGGACAGAACGCCGGUGCUGGAGCCCCUGCAGCUUCGGAUGCUCCUUCCGGCUCUGCUGCUAUGCAGGCCCUGAGUGCCGCCCCUCCUGCCCAACAGAAACAGAUGCUUGGUGAGGCCUUGUACCCCAAGAUCCAGGCCCAACAGCCUGAACUUGCCGGCAAGAUCACUGGUAUGCUGUUGGAGAUGGACAAUGCCGAGCUUAUUGGCCUGGUUGACGACGAUGCUGCUCUCCGUAACAAGGUCCAAGAAGCUCUUGAUGUUUAUGAUGAAUAUAUGAAGAGCAAAGGCCCAGGUGCCGACGAAUCCGGUGAUGCCCCAAAGCCCAAAGAGGGUGCCAAGGAGGGCGCAGAGGAGACCAAGUCGUAA